UCUGGUGAACCACCCAGGCCUGCUCGUCCCUUCGUGAUGGCGUUUCACGUGGAUUGUUUCCAUUCGUUCUUAAUGACAAGUCGUGAAUUAUUGUCCAGUGAUCAUCAAUGUCACGUGGAUGUGGAUCUGUUGCACUUGGUGGGGUUGGGAGCCGUCCAAGUUCCCAACCAACGGCGAGCAGAGGUGCCUUUGGGCUGGCAAGCCCGUCCAGGGCCGUCCAAUCUCAUUUGGGACGCAGAUAGUAGUCAAAAUAAACUCUACGGAGGAUUCACCUUAGAUUGGGUUUGCGGAGGCCAAUGGAGUCAGAUGAUCGAUUUCUUAGCCUCUAUCGCUUAUAUCUUCAAGCAGAACAAUGUCCAAGCCACCGUGUAUUGUAAUGGGGCUCUGGAGCCGGAAAGGUUUGAUUUGUGGAAGAAAGAGCAGAUUGACAAGAAGGCCAAAAUCGACUUGGUUUUUAAUCAUUUGCGUAAAAAAGGCACAAGUCCACCGAGGCAUUUGUGGGUGAUCCCCACGGGAUUUGAUGUGACCUUAAGAUUGGCCUUGAAGGGAAUUCCGUUCCUCAUGGGCGUUUCUUUGGAGGAUCACCGAAAAGAGCUCGUGACUGCGUGCUUUGAGAAGCAAUUCACUGGGAUCUUAUCAGAUGACGCCGAGAUUGCUUUGCUUCAACCCCCAAGGUAUUUUUCCAUUCGAGACAUGAAGCUGGUGGGCCACAAUGGGUUGGCCACGACCGAGAUCGUCAUGGAUGAAGUGGCCAAAGCUCUAGACGUGAAUCCCAAUCGUUUCUGUAUGAUAGCAGUCUUAUUGGGCAAUCACAUUCUGAGUGGCGAGCACUUGGGGGAAUUUCACCGAAAGCUCGUUCCCGAUCUGCAAAGCAAGAAAGAAGAUAAAUCAAUGCCAAACUCGGAGCGACUUAUAUUGUCCAUUGUGAAAUAUGUGCGGAGCGUACCGAAAAUUGACGACUUCGAACGGAUUGCCGAGGAUGUGUUUGGUUCCAAAAAGGAUCCACGGAAGAAGCAACUUCUCGAGAGUUUCCAGUACUAUUCGGUUAAAUUUCCGGUGCCGGGCCAUCGAGUGAACAAAAAAAAGCCAAAGCUCAAAGUCAAAAAGCACGUGCCAAUUCCGGUGCUGGGAAGCCAGCAUUCUCCCAUGGUCAACGGUUCCGAAGAGGAUGAGAAUGAUAUCGUGGUUCGGAUUGCCCUGGAUUUGGUUCAAUUAGAUAUCAACGAGGCCUUGGCUGAAGCCACUGGCUCUCGGGUCAAGGAUUCCAAGCCUGCAGAGAAGAAACAUAUCCCACGUCCAAGUCUACGUCAAGUGGAUCGACUAGGGCAACGAACCAUUUGGAUUACUCGAUAUAUAUCCCUGCGGUUCAUUCUGACGUUUGCCAAACAGUGAUGGAUCGGCAUUCGCAGGGCAAUAUGUCUCCACAAUUGUACCAGCUUUUAACCAAAGGGGAGAUCAAGUUCCCAGCGCUCAUGGAAUCUCCCAUGUGCGAAUCCAUUCCCGUUUAUGAUCUGUUCGCGGACAUGAGAAAGAGUUUAUAUGCAGUUCUGUUCAAUCUGAACCACUUAAAAUUUCUAAGAAAGCAGUUCAAUGACGCCAUUAAAGAGCGGCGAAAACGUGCCGAAGGAAAUCGAUCACAAGCCAAAAAGGAAGAAGAUCCCACAGCUAAAUCUGAAUUGCUUGAACGGGCCAAGCGCUUGGAAGAUCAAAAUAAGACAUGUGGUAAUCCUCCCUCCAUCGAUAUCCGAGUUCGAGAAUGGUUGCCCUACAACGACUAUGUUGCUCCAAAAAUAGUUUACCCCUUGGACCUGUCCUGGCCCGUUCCUACUCUACAACGGUUAUGGUUUGGGAACAACCCUGAUGAUAAGCAAAAGCGUCUUCGAGCCUUCUUCUCUUGCCUCCGCUCGGAUGAUUCUCCACCGCUGAUCCAGCAGGGCAAUGUUCCACAGCAUUUAUUGCUCAUGGCCUGCGUCCUUCGUUACAUCAUGACAACGAGCCACCAUGUUUUCAAGAAGCCUGAAUUGGAUGCCUUCCUCGUGACUGCCUUUUCUUCCCAAUUGAGAAACGCCCAUUACUUGGCCAGUCUUCAGGGCGGGAUCAUUACUCCCCGAGGAGUUCAUAUAGCUUCGUUGUUCAUGGCCGGGAUUGAGAUGGCAAUCUUGGUGAACGAAGGCUGUGGUGCGCCGGUUCCCUUGAACAUGUGUCUCCCUUGGACCUUCUUCGAUGGGGCUCUCUUCCAACACAAUCUGCGUAAAGCCAUCAUGAGCCGCAACCUCUUUGAACUCUGUGAUGGACAAAUUGAUUUGGUGUGUUGCGUGGAACGGAUGCGAGGAGCGAUAGUAUACGGAAUAGCAGGACACGUUCCUAAUGGUCCAAUAUGUCCAAUGUCGAUCCGAAAUCCCAUGGGAGCCAUGCCUCGGGGGCCCUUCCCUCCUCGUCAGCCGCCCCAUGAAAUGGGUAUGGGCCGAUUGAGAUAUCCUCGGGCAGGGGGGCAGCUAGUCGUGGGGGGCUCCGUAGUUUCCAAUUGGGGUGGACAUCCCGGGGGUCCUUUGGGACGUGGCAAACCGUUUCAGCAUUUCCAAAACACACCAAAGACGAAGAAGAAGGCAAAGACAAAGGCCAAAGAAGGCGCCUCAGAAGACAACCCAGAGAGUCCGACACCGAGUGACACCCCUCCCGUCAUUGCUAUUGCCAAGCGAGAAAACAGCAUCAGCAAUGACCCAGAUUCUGUAGAAAGCAUCUCGCAAGCUCAAUUGGGCCCGCCCUAGAUUAGGGGGAUUAGGUUUUGACUUAUUAAUGUUUAUCUCAUCGGGAUAGGUCAGACUUGAUAUCA